GGGACGAUGUGUAUUCCCAGGGAGAGGGACCUGCCUGCCUGGGCUGUGUCCGACUGGCAUCGCGGCUGGCGUAACAGGAAAGGGAGUCGGAGAGCCUGUAUGCGCGGGCAGGUCUCGGUUUGUGUUGGAUACCAUUAUUAAUUGGAGCCUGAGAGAGAUCAGAUGUUCUCAAACAACGAUGAAGCUGUGAUCAACAAAAAACUUCCGAAAGAGCUGCUGCUUCGAAUUUUCUCUUUCCUGGAUGUGGUCACCCUGUGUCGCUGCGCUCAAGUUUCCCGGGCAUGGAAUGUGCUGGCCCUGGAUGGCAGUAACUGGCAGCGAAUUGACCUGUUUGAUUUCCAGAGGGAUAUCGAGGGCCGCGUCGUUGAGAAUAUUUCCAAACGAUGUGGGGGUUUCUUGCGGAAGUUAAGCCUGCGUGGCUGCCUGGGCGUGGGAGACAACGCGUUAAGGACGUUUGCGCAAAACUGCAGAAACAUUGAAGUAUUGAGCCUCAAUGGCUGUACCAAGAUCACAGACGCGACGUGUACCAGCCUCAGUAAGUUCUGCUCGAAGCUCAGGCACCUCGAUUUGGCUUCCUGCACUUCCAUAACCAACCUGUCCCUCAAAGCGCUCAGUGAGGGCUGCCCACUGCUGGAACAGCUGAACAUCUCCUGGUGUGACCAAGUGACCAAGGAUGGCAUCCAGGCUCUGGUGAGAGGUUGCAGUGGACUCAAAGCCCUAUUCCUGAAAGGCUGCACACAGCUUGAGGACGAAGCUCUGAAAUACAUCGGUGCCCAUUGUCCCGAACUGGUGACUUUAAACCUUCAAACAUGCUUACAAAUAACAGAUGAUGGUCUCAUUACAAUAUGCAGAGGAUGCCACAAGUUGCAAUCCUUGUGUGCUUCAGGCUGCUGCAACAUCACAGAUGCCAUCCUGAACGCUCUGGGACAGAACUGCCCGAGGCUCAGGAUAUUAGAAGUUGCGAGGUGUUCUCAACUAACAGACGUGGGCUUUACCACUCUAGCAAGGAACUGCCACGAGCUUGAGAAAAUGGACCUGGAAGAGUGCGUCCAGAUAACAGACAGUACGCUAAUCCAGCUUUCCAUACACUGUCCGCGGCUCCAGGUUCUGAGUUUGUCCCACUGUGAACUGAUCACGGAUGAUGGGAUUCGUCACUUGGGAAACGGCGCCUGCGCACACGACCGUUUGGAGGUGAUCGAGCUGGACAACUGCCCUUUGAUCACGGACGCCUCCCUGGAGCACCUGAAAAGCUGCCACAGCUUGGAGAGGAUAGAACUGUACGACUGUCAGCAAAUCACGCGGGCAGGGAUCAAGAGACUCAGGACCCAUUUACCCAGUGUUAAAGUCCAUGCCUACUUCGCGCCUGUGACUCCCCCUCCUUCGGUCGGGGGCAGCAGACAACGCUUCUGCAGAUGUUGCAUCAUCCUAUGACACUGGAAGCCAUCCUCCUCGCAAACUGAGUAUUUAAAUCCGCUUGUAGAAUUACGGUGGACACCAGUAUCUUCAAGGAAAAGCGAUACCAGUGUCAUUUGCAAGGGCCAGCGAACAGGGCCAGCGGCGCCGGGUCCCUGUAGCCACCCAUACGCAUCCAUAUCCGUGUCCCACCUGUCCCGGCAAACUGAUGAACUUCGCAGUGUGGGAGCUGGAGCUGUGUUGGCUUUUUUUUUUCCCGUAGGUGGAUUGGUAUCAUUCUGAACCAUUCCUACUGGGCAUGCUCAGAUGAAACCCUUGCGGUAAGGAGGGGAGAUUUUUAUCAACCCAGAAUAACCGGCGUUGCCGUUGAGGUUGGAAUAGUAACUGGAAUCCUUUGAAAUAGGGAGAGAGAAGGAACGUGCUUUAACCCUGCAUCUCUUGGCCACGAGGCAAGAAAAAAAAACCACCAACCCACAAACCCAAAUCUGAAAAUCCUGAGUUUUGUGUCCGUUUUUCAGGGAGGGAAUGAAACAGCAGCUGUUGUGAGACAGGAUUUACUUGUGCUUCUCGACUUCCCGUUGCCUGCUGGCCACCCUGAGCAUGCUCACGUCGAAGGUUCAUUGUUUCUUCUGUGUCCCGUAGCAUCCAGCUCGGAGGCUUCUUAGAUCCUUGUGGUAUAGCUUCAAAUCUGUAACAUCAGGCUCGGGGUGGUUUUUUUUCCUACUUUCCCUCCAUCCUGCUUUCUUUCUUUUUUUUGUUUAAAGAUAUCUUAAUUCAAUAAUUUUUUCAGAUUCACCAAACAAAAGCUACGAAUCAAUCGUUUAAAUUGAAAAAGAGUACGUUUGACCCUUAGAACCCUGAGCCUGUCACGACCCACGCGGAGGAUUCGAAGUGGCAAACGACUUUAUUUUAUCAGCCAUUGGGUGUCCAGAUUUGGUUUUGCAUUUCAGGUUUUAUCCCGGUGAUGAAAAUAUAACACUCAAUAGAGGGGGGAAAAAGCUAUAGUCUGUGUUCCAGUGACUCAGUUUCCUCCUCCCGCUCUCCUUUCCCGUGAGGAAAAGCAAAGUAGAAUCUUUCUGCUUGUUGCCCUGAUCAAGAAAUAAUAGAAGCGGGAGAAACAGCGGGCUUGAAAAUACGCCCUCGAUGAUUUUUGCACGCCGAGGUGCGAGCGCUGGGUGGUUUUGCUUUGCGUCUUCUGCAGGUAAGUGGCUCGUCCUGGCGAAGGAGCCAUGGGAAUGGAUCAGGGCUUUGCUGUGUCCUUCCCGGCUGCCGGCGGGGACGUAUUCGGAGCUGGUUGAGAGGCAUUUCAGGCAGGAUGAGGUGCUUCAAGAGCGUCGCCAGCGCCAGCCGGCUCGGUGACCUCCUGGUUCCUUGAUGCUGGCAGCUCCAGCUGCCGAGCGUGAAACAGGAACAGAUGGGCAGACGCCAAGGGUUUAAUAGGGCAGAACUUGGUCAAACUCUUCACGAGUUUAUGGAAGACGAGCUGGCAUGUAAGUAAUUGCGCUCUUCCUGCGAUGGAAGGGAGCGUUGCGUGGUUAUGGAUGGGUUCCCCACUGACCGAGACAGAGACGAGCAAGUCUGUGUAAUCAUCCUGGCUGCCAACGGCCGAGGCCGUGAUGCUUCACCGCGAUGCUGAAGAAAAGCUGAGGGAAGAGCACGAGGAACGGCUCUUUUAGGGUCCGGGGGGGUUGGUUGUUUUUCCACUGAGGCUUUGCUUUGAGGACCGGGUGUUGCUUCCCACCCGCUGUCUGAGCUCUUCAGGCAGUCAGAAGGGGUCCCUUAGUAGCGCCAAAGCUGUAUCCCCUUCGAUGUCUCUCCCCGUCUGUAUAUGCUUAACGGAGUCUCGCAGGCGCGCGGCGUGCCGGGAGGAAAUCCAGUCUGCUGUCUUUAAAAGGAUACUGUCAACGCCUUCCCUGUAGAUCGCUUGGAAUCGGUUAUAUUUAUUCAAAUCCUCUUUAGCGCCGUGGAUUCUCUCUCUCUCCUCGACGAGCAUGUUCCCAGCCCAGUUGCAGGACUUUUUUUUUCUCCCAUUUUCAGGGUGGCGGAAGAUAAAAGGCGGAUGCGCCUGGGACAGCCCUGGCGGUGUUUGCACAGGGAAAGACUCCGGGUUUGGUUUAUCCCGAGCUAAAAUGGAUUUAGCGAGCCAGGGUGUCGUUGGCAGACUGAUUUCUUUGGAACCAAGCAGAGUUUUUCCAGGGAAAACUCCAGCCUGCAGAACCCAAAGCAGUUUUAUUUUGCUUUCCAGGCGGGGUGACAGCAUUAAGGUAGCUCCAACUACUUGACAGUGUCCUUUUAAGUCAAUUAUCCGUCUUCAAAUGGACUCUUCCUUAUGUUUGUAUUUAUAAAUACCAAUAAACACCAUUUUCCAAGGUUUGUCUUACUGGAGG